AGUUGUGCCACCUGUGGUUGCGCGACGCAGUCACAUUUUGCUAUGUGCUCCACAAACGUGAAAUCGUUCCAACGCGCGUCUACUUAUCGCACUCGUGUUCAAAUUUGAUCUUCUCUCAGCAGAAUUGCAUUUACAAAAAAUUUAUUGUUAGGGACAUGAUCCACUCGAUCCACUCGUACAAGGGAUAAGUAUGGCCCAUCGAGUUCUCCAAAGGUAUCCCAGAACGAUGAUCAUUCCUUCCCGCAAGAUAGUACAAAAGUUUGAAUACCUUCUUGUGAUGGACUUUGAGGCCACGUGCGAGAAGUAUACAGUGCUCAAGCCGCAGGAGAUUAUCGAGCUACCGUGCGCGGUGCUGUCCACCUACGAUUGGAAACUGAAGGACACGUUUCAUACAUACGUGAAACCCAGAGUUCAUCCCACCCUCACGCCGUUCUGCACAGAAUUAACCGGAAUCAUGCAGGAGACGGUGGAUGAUCAGCCUUAUUUUGUCGACGUGUUUUCAAAUUUCUGCGAGUGGUUGACUAAGAGAGGAUACUUUGACAAACCUGAGAAAAGCUCAUUCGUCACUUGCGGUAAUUGGGAUUUAAAAAUUAUGCUGCCGAGUCAAUGCGAUUUGGAUGGUAUUACGUUACCGGAUCAGUUCAAGCAGUGGAUAGAGUUAAAGCAUAUAUUUUGCGAAUCUACUGGAUGUUAUCCUAAGAGUUUAAAGGACAUGCUUGCGCGACUGAAUGUUCCGUUAAAGGGACGUCUACAUUCGGGGAUUGAUGAUGUGAAAAAUAUGGUAUCGAUAAUACUAGCUUUAAAAGAGAAAUACAACACGCAAUUUCAAAUUACUUCAUCAUUAACAACUUCUGCGAUAAACUUAAGUAACAAUUACGAACAGACUAAAAUAACUAGGAAUGUAUUGAAGAAAAACACGUGA